AUGGGUAAAAGGCUACAAAGUGUUGAGCGCAUGAUCCAUGAGCUUCAUGCCGAAGCUAUGCCUUUGACUCGCACCCACCCCCUCCAACGUGUUGGUUCUAUUCCUAGCUCAGGUUUGGGCACUUCGGACGGUUCUUCUGCAGACGGUGACCGUUAUCAUAUCAUGCUAGAAGCUGUUGAGCGUCAGCGUGAAUACGCCAUGCUCCAACGGGCUCUCGCUGAAACUGGCAAUGACCAGGAAUGGGAGACCAUUUGUGACCAGCUUGAUCGGUUCCAUAGACGGGUCUUGAAUGUCAUUGAACGCAAGACGAACUCUAGUGCUCAGCACGGUUGCAGGAGCGAGCAUGAAUUCCAGAGCGAAAAUAACAUCGAACUAAAUAGGACGCUGCUGAACAUGUCAAGAGGCUCACUCAGGUCCCCUUCGAAUGAAAAUCAAUCGUACCGUCGCAGACGCCACGCAGCGUUUGAGACCCCACUAGAGCGAAUCUCGGAUGAAAUUGAGACGGAAACCGAUCACCAGUCUUCCCACAUAUCGGUUAGUGGCACCGAGGAAGUAGCAGACGGACCGGGGAGUCCGAUUCACCGUACUUUAUCGACAGUUACUUUACCAUCCUAUACACCAUCAGUGUUCUCCAAUUUCACAUCAACAAGCACUACUGCCACUGAGGAUACUUCUGUUACAGCUAACAAUUCUGCACAUAUGGAAAUACCCAAUAGUCAUAAUAAACCUUCAUAUAUGGCUUCCCCAACACAACCUCUCUCUGCCAGUCCAUCAACCGUUAACUCCCUUUCUAUCCCACUAUCAACAAGUCCAGGGUCAAUUCAUUCAUAUUCAACACCAAUUAGCCCGGGCUUUGCUCCAAGACAGAGUCAUUCAAAUGCCCGUGAUUCCAUAUCUAGCUACGCUAGUACAGCACCGAGUAUUGUCAGCAUAGAGAACGGGGAUGUUCCAUUGCGCAGUAGGGGUUACAGCAAUGGAAAUGGCAGUUCUUUCCCUCCUUCGCCAGGCAUGGUGUCGAGACGGGACACAGAUGAUUCAGGCCAUCAUUUGAGCUGUGGUUGGAAGACUAUCCCUAUUAAUGGUAAUGUAAGGGUGUAA